GACAUGUCAGUGAGCGCUGGGACUCAUGCAUCUCUCUGUUAAUAAGAUGUCUGUGUAGAUACACUAACGUGAUGUCACUUCCUGUGUGUGGCUGCACUUUAAGAGGUUUAGUGAGCAGACGUGUUUACUGCGAGAAUUUAACCAGUGUCUCUGUAUGCAGGGCUCCAUUCCCCCCGUCCUCCUCAGCUCCAUGACCACGGAGGGCGUCUGCGAGAGGGUGCACCUGAUCGAGGGCAUCGACCAAAGCAUGAUGGGAAACUACAGCGCCACCAUCAGGAAGGCGAACGUGAACGGCCGUGUGCUGACGCAGUGUAACAUCGACGAGCUGAAGAAGGAGAUGAAUAUGAACUUUGGAGACUGGCAGCUGUUCCGAGCCUCGGUGAGGAAAAACUCUUCCCAUAAAAUCAGAUUCUACGGGACUAAACACACAUUCCAGAGAUCACCUUAUGUUCGGGACGGGAAUUAAUGAGUCAAUAUCUUCAAUAUUCAUUGGAUCAUUCAAUUCUUACACAAU